AUGAGCACCCCGAGAAACAGUAUCAGCAGUAAAGUCUCUUCUACGUCCAGGACAGCUGAUGCCCGCUUUUCCAUCUCGCAAUCCACCCUCCACAGCGUCUCCUCGUCCUCUUCUUCCAUAACCAAACACGGAGACAACUCUUCCUCGUCGAAUAAAUGGAGCAACGAUGACAAGUGGGCAGAUGCCGACGAGGAUGACGAUGACUUUUGGCAAGAGAUGGAAGUCGUCAAGGCGGAUGACCCGGCGGAUGGACUUGACGAGGAGGAUCGGAAGAGAUAUCACUAUGUGCCACGCGCUCAGCAGAAUACCAGCUCAUAUGGUGGGAGCGUGCUGCUGGGCACAAGCUUUGGGAAUACCAACACUGCCAAGGGCUCAGGCCAGGACGAGAAGAAUUCUGGAGGUGCGAAUGCUACGGGAGAAUUUGACGAUGUGGAUUAUGCCGGAAACGAAUGGCGGAAGAAACGAUUGACGCAGGCUGCGGAAAUGGACUACACCCGACUACGGGUAGAUGACGACGACGACACCGAAGAGAUCCACCUUCGAACCAAAUUCCUUUUUGACGAGGAUAAGGCCAUGACACCGCUCAGCCAGAUGCAAGCGACUAAGAAUCUUCUCACCGAAGCGCAGCGGAUUGCCUAUGUCGGCGUCUGCUACUUGACCAUGCGUGAAAUGAUCACUGGUCUGAAGAGAGUGGGACGAAAAGAGCUUGCUGGUGCCAUCAAAGGGCUAGAACUCUGGAGUCUGAAGAUUAUGGGUCGUCUCUACUUUCAUAUGGAAAUCGCUUUGCCUGAACAGAAGAUGAUCGAGACCCUCGGCGAACAUGGUCUGACAGCAAUGGACCUAGUGCCACCUCUCAUGACAACCCACACCGUUGCAAAUCCCGAGUACGAUCCUGUAGAAGCACGCCGUGUACAAGAAGAACGUGAAGCGGAGGAUGCAGAGGCAGAGCGUUUGGGUGCACAGACCCUCGACGUCGACUCGUCACAGGACGAAGACGGCACAACAACGCCGACUGCCGCAAGCUCCACAACAACGUUCCAACCGGGACAUAAACGCGAUCGCUCAAAUGUGCGACUCCAAACGACGGCCAAUGUCUUGGAGCCUUCGACCCCAGUUAACGUUCCCGGUGUCAGCACACACCUGUCAAAUCUCGACAAGGACGUCACGCUUGAUAUUCGAUGGACCGUCCUAUGUGAUCUAUUUCUCAUCCUCAUUGCCGAUAGCGUCUACGACGCUCGAUCUCGAGUUUUACUCGAAACAGUCGCAUCCAAACUCGGACUCGGGUGGUCAGAAGUCAUCAAGUUUGAAAAACGAGUCACGGAUGCGUUGGAGAUUGAGGAAGGUGCCGAGUCCCUCGAGAGCCAAGAGAUUAUCGAAUCAAGAGUGCAAGCAUCAAAGAGGAGGCGAUACAUGAUGGUCGGCCUUGCUACACUUGGCGGUGGGCUUGUCAUUGGUCUCUCUGCGGGCGUGCUUGCACCAGUCAUCGGAGCGGCGUUUGGUGCCACCUUGACUGCGAUGGGAGCAGCAGGUAGUACUGCUGUGCUUACGAGUACUGGAGGCGCGAUUGCCAUCACUGCAACCGGAGCACUGACGGGUUCUGGUAUUGCCGCUAAAGGUAUGACUCGCCGUACACGCUUUGUGCGAACGAUGGAGCUUCUUCCGCUGCACAAUAACAGACGUGUCAACUGCAUUCUCACAAUACCAGGGUAUAUGAACAACAUCAAUGACGAUGUCCGAUUACCAUUCAGUGUUCUCGACCCAAUGGUCGGGGAUGUCUUCAGCAUGAGAUGGGAGCCUGAGAUGAUGGAGGAGACGGGAAAUGCAUUGAAGAUUCUCUCCACAGAGGUGCUUUCGCAAGUGUCGACGACCGUCCUCCAAUUCACCGUCCUCACAAGUAUAAUGAGCGCAAUUUCCUUUCCUCUACUGUUGACCAAGCUCGGCUACCUCAUCGACAACCCAUGGUCCAAUGCGCUCGACCGUGCCAAGGCAGCUGGUGCUGUGCUCGCAGAUAUCCUAAUGAGUCGUUCGCUUGGAGUUCGUCCGAUAACACUCAUCGGAUUCUCCCUCGGCGCGAGAAUGAUCUUCUACUGCCUGCUCGAGCUCGCUAAACACAAAGCGUACGGUAUCGUCCAGGACGUCUUUCUCCUUGGCGCAACAGUGACGGCUCCAGUGCGCUCGUGGAUGGACGCACGCAGCGUUGUUGCUGGCCGGUUUGUCAACGGAUUCGCGCGCAACGAUUGGAUCCUUGGAUACCUUUUCCGAGCGACCACUGGCGGUAUCAACACAGUCGCAGGUAUGCGCCCGGUCGACCAUGUGCCAGGAUUGGAGAAUGUGGAUCUGACGGACAAGAUUGCGGGACACCUGAGCUAUCGAGUGUAUAUGCCGCUUAUUUUGGAUCAACUUGGAUUUGCAGUCUCGGCCGAUUUCUUUGACGAACCCGAGGAGAUGAUGACAGCGGAGCGGGAGGUAAUCCGACAAGAGGCAAUCGCAGCGGCGAACAAGGAUAAGAAGCGGUUUAGCCUUUUUAGUGGAAAGUCGAGCACGCCAAACUCUACUUCGACACCCAAGGAUGCACGCGUCUCUUCGGAAACGAUUCAGGAGAAGGACGAGGAUGACGACUUACCAGAACGUAUGCCGACAGCGGCGAAUGGAAAGACCGUCAACUUACCGUCGGCGGAGAAGGCGGAGAAGGCAGAGGACGAGAAGUUACCAGCGGCGAAGGCUGGCUUCGACCUCAAGGCUUUGGCCGCGGCUGCUGCUCAAGCUCGUGCAGAGGCGGAGGCGGAAGAAGCACGACAGCAAAAGACCGAGUUACCGCUCCCGAAUCCACCGCCUGCACCUGGUGUGGAUAGUACACCACGCCCUGCGCCCGAGAGGACGGAAUCGGCUCCUCCCAUCCCACCGAGCGCAUCAAAGGAAGUAUCUAGAAGCAAGGUGUUACCCCCAUCGCCUACAACGCCGACGGCUGCUACACCAUAUCAGUUACCGUCAUCCAGCAAGUCAGAGACGAACCUUCACCUCGACAACAAUGCCCUGGCAAACAAGGUCGAGAAGAUUUCGAUCUCUCCGUCGUUUACACAGUCCACGCCGAAGAUGAAUGACUCGCCGUACGGAGAAUAUGCAACGCCGAACAGCGACCCGUUCAGCUCACCAUCUGGGACCUCUUUAUCGCCUGGUUUUUCCCAAUAUGUCAGCGCGGAUGCGACAACGCUCUCAUUUGGGAGUGUGGAUGGAGACGUAUGGACGCCUGCGAUGACGACCGGAAUCACUCUGAGCAAAGUGGGCACAGAAUCGAUUCCGGCGACACCAUUUGGCGCUGUUCGGGGAACGGAUGACAUGUACGCUUCCAUGUACAAAGCAGAUCCAAUGGCCUACAAGCCGUUUGCGAGCACAGGAUUUGGAGGUGGAGGUGGCUUCGGUUAUCCUGCGUCAACCCCAAACCCGUUCGCCUCGUCGACGCUCUCGUUUGGUGGUGUAGAUGGCUCAGUCUCACUGGGGUCAUCGGGCACGGAAACAAAGGACGUGGUUGCAGACUCGUGGGCUCCAAAGCCAAUCAUGAGUCCAAAUUCAAAACAGAGACCAGCGUAUACAAUCAACCCGUGGGAGACAUAG